CCGGGACGACACUUCGCGCGGCACCGCGACGAGGAGAGACCGUGCCACACCGCGGUCCCCGAUAUGCUCGACCGCUCGGGCCUCGCCCGUCCCGCUCGUAACUAACGUUGCUUACGUUACUCCUCGGGGCACUCUCUGUCGUCGCGCCGGUGCAUUUCCUUUGAAUCUCGCGAUAACUAGCGACCAGACCAGACAGUACCGGGUCCGAGAGUACGGUUACCGCGUUACUUGGUGCGUCGUAGCCGUGUAGGACUCCUGUGUAGGAAAAAUUAACGGAACCGAACUUGGGAUCCUUCGUUACGAACCGCGACACUUAUUUAAUUAGUUUGCGACCACGAUGCGGGCGAGUGUGAAAUCGGCAUCGAUCGCAGCUCCCGAUAAUUCGCAGAGGUGACAAUAAGAGGGCCUGCCGUAAGGAUGCUGUACGCUUUCACGAGAAUCGAGAGGCCACGAGUCGUAUCACAAACUUGCAGCAGCGUAACCAGCUGAGAAUGUCGGAGCAAAACGGGCCCAGCGAGGGCCCAGGGCCAGGGCCCGGUUCUGAUUCGGGCUGGUGGCCAACCACGCAGACGUGGAAAUCGUCAGCGGCCGCCUCGUCGUCGACUUCGUCAACUCCCACUUCAGCAGCCGGUUCAGCGUCCAUCUCUGUCUCUUGCUCCGCGUCCAGCUCAUCUUCGACGAGCUCCUCCACUUCAACCAACUCGUCUGCGACCUGCUGUCCCUCGUCCUGCAUCGGCGUAUCCUGUACGAUGAGCCCAAGUCGCUCCACGGAGACGGGGAAAAACGUAUCUGUCACCACCAUUAACGUACCGCCUAAUCAAGAAAUGCAUGAUGGUAAAGGGGUAUGUAAAUAUCUCGGGAGUCAAAAUAGUGUAACCGUAUCGGUGGUAUCGGCCUCGGUACUAGGAUGUGGAAAUGUUCCGACAAGCGGAAUCUGCACGAAUACAGGACCGCAUAGUAUCGGCAUUGGAAUUGGUGGCAUCCUCGCUGCGAACGCGGCUGACAUUGAUGAUCCCGAGGACAGUGAUGGCGAGAUCAGCAAGAUUGACUUUAGAGGUGUCAACCUACGCUCAAAGAAGAAACGCGACGUUUCGGGUAACCAGAAUGGUGACAAAAUUGGUGACGGAGACGCAAACGGCGACGGCGGAGGAUGUUGCGAUGACAAUUCGCAACAGCAACCCGAGAGGCCCAUGUCAUGGGAGGGUGAACUAUCGGACCAAGAAAUGUCUUCCAAUACAAUUACUAAUCAGGACCAUAAUGAGGAAACGUCUAUGGAGGGGGUUCAAGUAUGCAGCACAAGUCCUGGACCUAUGGAACAAAAGUUUCCUAUUAAAUCAGAGCCGGAUUUUCGAUCUAGCCCAGGUUUUACAAUAGGAUCCUUUCACGACGGCGGCCUGCCCAUGACACACAACCAGCAACUACAGCAGCAGCAACAGCAACAACGCGGUAUCGAAAAUCUUGAACAGACUCAACAGAGCGACCUACCGCUUCUCGUAGGCAAGCUUCUUGGUGGAUACAACAACUCAACGCCUAAUCAUAGUCCUGUCCUCAAUCCGCGACAUCAUUUAACUAAACACAGUCAUACUAGAUCGCAGGUACCGUCACCAGAUUCAGCCAUUCAUUCUGCGUAUAGCGUCUUCAGUUCACCGACACAGAGUCCUCAUGCGGCACGGCAUUCCGCCCUUGGAGCGGGAAGUCCGAUACCCUCGUCAUCGCUGUCCCUUUCUCGGCACAGCUUCAACAACUCAACUUCCUCGCUAUCCCUAUCGCUAUCGCAUUCGCUUUCGAGGAACAACUCUGAUGCUUCCAGUAGCUGUUAUAGCUAUGGCUCGCUUAGCCCGCCCACGCAUUCACCUGUCCAGCAGCCGAGACAUCCACAUUCACAUUCGCAACAUCAUCAGCAUCAAGUGGCGCAAGGUAGUCCGCUACAUCUACCAACCUCAUCCGCAGUCGCCGCACAUCAUUAUUCAUCUUCUUCCGUGCCAGGCUCGGAACUAUCGCCGGAUGGUCAUCCGGUCGCGGAGGAUCAGGAAGAUUGCAGGAUACCCUCGGCGCCAUCGGGUAUCUCCACCAGGCAACAAUUGAUAAACAGUCCUUGUCCGAUUUGCGGUGAUAAGAUAAGCGGCUUCCAUUAUGGCAUCUUCUCGUGCGAAUCGUGCAAGGGAUUUUUCAAGCGCACCGUCCAGAAUCGCAAGAACUAUGUGUGCCUUAGAGGCGCAGGCUGUCCGGUCACUGUGGCCACGAGAAAAAAGUGCCCGGCCUGCCGCUUCGACAAGUGCCUCAACAUGGGUAUGAAACUCGAGGCGAUCAGAGAGGAUCGUACCAGAGGCGGUAGAAGCACUUAUCAGUGUACCUACACCCUGCCGGCAAAUCUCGUUGGUAGUCCUGCCGGUAGUAUGAGCGGUGAAAAACUAACGACGGCAGGAAAUUGUAGCCCGGCACCGGCUGGUAGCGAGCAUCAUUAUUCCGUCAGAUAUCAUUCGAAUCAUUCUCACAAGAUGCAAGUGGUACCUCAACUCUUACAAGACAUCAUGGAUGUGGAACAUCUUUGGCAUUAUAAUGAUAACGAUCGAAUAAGCGGCAGUGGGGUACAUGGGAAUGCAAGGAAUACUGGAAAUGACAUGCUGCUCGGUGGGCCUGGAAGUUGUUCAGCGUCUGGUGGAACCGGAACCACAACCGGUAUUGGCGUCGGAAACAAUGGAGCUGCAGUAGAAUGUUCGUCGAAUGACUCUAGUAAUGUCGAUACUAAUAACAGAAGGGGAGAGACUGCGAGCCCCGCCAGUUCGACUUCCACGGGGACGCCCGAUCAACAUUCCACAAAUGGCAAUACCACCAGUAAUAGUAAUUCUCAAAUUGCCAAUAAUUCCAAUGGCAAUUCAGCGCAGCAUCAGGACUUUCUAUCUAAUUUGUGCAACAUCGCGGAUCAUCGGCUCUAUAAGAUCGUCAAGUGGUGCAAGAGUCUGCCGUUAUUCAAGAAUAUCUCGAUUGAUGAUCAAAUUUGUUUAUUAAUCAAUUCUUGGUGCGAGUUAUUACUUUUCUCUUGCUGUUUUCGCAGCAUGAGUACUCCUGGUGAAAUAAGAGUAUCUCUUGGCAAGUCAAUUACCUUAGAACAAGCGAGACAGCUUGGUUUAGGGACUUGUAUCGAGAGGAUGCUCGCUUUUACCAACAAUCUGCGAAGGCUGAGAGUAGACCAAUACGAAUAUGUUGCAAUGAAGGUGAUCGUGCUGUUAACGUCUGAUACAAGCGAGUUAAAGGAGCCUGAGAAAGUCAGAGCUUCCCAGGAAAAGGCCCUUCAAGCGCUGCAGCAAUAUACAAUUGCGAGGUAUCCAGAAAUGCCUGCCAAAUUUGGUGAAUUAUUGUUGAGAAUUCCAGAUUUGCAAAGAACAUGCCAAGCAGGAAAAGAAUUGCUCAGUGCAAAACGCGCCGAGGGAGAAGGCAGCUCGUUUAACCUUUUAAUGGAAUUGUUGAGAGGAGAUCACUAAAUUAUCAGCCCAGUGAACUAUGCCAUUCCACGCUUAUAGGGUCCAUAAGCUUAGGGAAUCGGAUAUAAUAGAUAAUCGCAGAGUAAGAAAAGUUAGAAAAAAAGGAAACGACAGAUGUAUAAUGAUAUCUAUAGUGACAUUAGUACUUGGUGAGGGGAUUGUAUUCUUCCUAAUUAGGACACGUUAAACUAACAAA